UCAAUGUUCUUCCUGGCCGGCAGGGGGCGCCGCAGCUCAUUUCUGUGUUCAAAUCCACUUCCGGCCGUCGCCACAGCAGAACCAAACGGCAUGUUUUCCAGCCUAAAGGAGCGACUCGGGCAGGUUCUGGUUCCCGGGGAUGAGUUCAGCUUCAAGGCCGAGGACAGCAUCUCUCUGACGGAGAGCGCGAAGCCGGAGCGGGUGGUGUGCGGCCCGGGGCUGCGGCGGAGCGGAGACCGGCUGGUUGUGAGCAAGAGCGGCGUGCUGAAGCACAAACCUCCGCACACAUUCUGGAUCGAGUCCCAACAGAGGAGGUAUGUCCCAGCCAAAGGGGAGACGGUCAUCGGCAUUGUGACGGCGAAAUCCGGAGACGUCUUCAAGGUGGACGUUGGCGGCAGCGAGCAGGCGUCUCUGUCCUAUCUGGCGUUUGAAGGUGCCACCAAGAGGAACCGACCCAACGUCCAGGUGGGAGACCUGGUGUUCGCUCAGUUCAUCAUCGCCAACAAGGACAUGGAGCCGGAGCUGGUGUGUAUGGACGGGUCGGGCCGGGCCAACGGGAUGGGCGUAUUUGGAGCAGGGGGGCUUCUCUUCAAGGUGUCUCUGGGUCUCGUCAGAAGGCUCCUGGCGCCCCACAGCGACAUCCGGGCCGACCUGGACCAGCUGUUCCCCUGCGAGCUGGUGGUGGGCCUGAACGGCCGGGUCUGGGUCCGGUCCUCCAGCACCCAGCAGACCCUGAUCGUGGCCAACCUGCUGCAGAGCUGCGACACCAUGACGGCGGCGCAGAGGCAGCAGCUGUUCAGGAAGGUGCAGCAGAGGGCGCUGUAGGCCCCGCCCCCCRACUCACCUGCACCCAGGUGGAAGAACAUUUGGCGAUUUUUUUUUUUUUUUUUGAUUGGACAGCCGCUCCGUGACGAUGACACUGAACUUCCUGUUUAUAAAAUCUGAGGGCUGUGAUUGGCUGGAGCUCAUAGAGAAACAA